GGGCUAGAAUCGCCCAGCUUCGCUGUUUCAAGCGUUGCGCGGCCGAGUGCAAGGUUGAGCGUUUUUUUUUUCCUUUGGGAGGGGGGUAUUGGACAGCAGUGGUCCGUGCAUAUACAUAGGGUUAUUUAUUAACUGCACGAAAUUUCUACCAGGAGUGCAUUUUAUACCGUUGUGACGUUAAUGUUACCAGUCGUGUGCCCAGGUUAUAUCAGCCUCUAGAUAUAACAAUCCAGUUAGGAGGGCAAAAGGAAGUUACGUGAUUCAUUUUUUUAUUUAUGGAUCUUGCGAAGCUAAAGGGAAUAAGUACUUUGGAGCCCGUCCUUGGAAUCAUCUAGCUUUGCAGUGAAAUUUUUAUCAAACCAGCUUCUAGUUGUAAGUGAAACAGAAGCAGAGACAGAGGUGUUCGUUUGUGUAUAACGGUGUUAAAACUCCAAACUGUUUGCGGCCCAAAAAAGAACGAAAAAAAUCAAAGUACGCACAUAACUGCGCACAUUACUCCUUAUCUAAAUGCUGCCAAACUCGACACUCGAAGGAUAAGAAUAAGGUCACCGUGAUUUAAAUGCUCUAAUUAAAAAAAAACUGCUGCAGUUUUUUCAUACCGAAACCAGACGGUAUAUUUUACAACUGCCGCCAUUUCCGAACUGGUCGCAGAAUGUACUACAUUGUAGAGUUCCUGAACGGAGGAGGAGUGGCUGCGGUCCCGAAAGCUUGUUUUAGAGAGGAUGAAACACUUUGGCCGCCAUUCACCAAUCCAGCACGCUCUAUUAACGCAUUCAAGAAAUGCGAAAAGCCUGGUGCAGGAUGGACGGCUUUCAAGUGUCGUGUGAUGAGCAAGGCUGUUAUUGGAGGGUCAUGUCCAAAGGACUGCAUAAGAAGGGUAAUGAAGAGAUGCUUAACCGAUGAGCUUGCUGAGACAUUUUGCCUAACGGGAAGAAAGGGAAAGAAGCCCUUCAGGGAAUUGGCACUCUUUGGUGUCAUCGUUGCGGCUCUUCAAAAAUCAUAUCCGCGAUGUACGGAAACUGAGCUGCACCAUCUCAUUGCCGACCACUUGAGGCACGCCCCAGCACGCUGCAAGAAACGCUCUUCUACCUUGGCACAGAGGGUGGAUACCAACGAACAUGAGGCAUCACCCUCCCUCCAUGACCAGUAA